CUUUUUUACAAAUAGUAUUUUAUUUAACUUAUAUUAGUUAAAAUUAUGGCAUGAUUAAUAAACAAACUGUAUAACAUUUUGAGCUCCACAUGUACAGUACCCUAAAGAUUCGAAGGUAGAUUUACUCAUUCCCAAUUGAAUAGUUGUUCAAUCUGAAUGAUGCGAAAUUAAUUCAAACAUAGUGCCAAAACAAUUAAUUUGAAUUAAUGGCCUAUAAUCAUUUGCUUUUUUUGAUGAUGUUUUUUAAAAGACAAAAUUUAAGACAUACGACUAAUAAUACAUAAUAUGUUAUAGCAUAUUUCCCAUUAUAUAAAAUAUAGUGUUUAUUUAUGUUUGAGCUCUGGUGGAUCCAACAUAAAAUGGCGUUUGAAAAUAUUUUUACACCCUCAAAAUUUCAAUUUACCAUUAAAUUCCCGUGGCCCGCCACAAUGUCAAUUCUGUCAUAUUUAUUAUCAUUUAUCACAUUGUGUAAUCUUUAUAAACGUUGGAUUUGGUGAAAUACAAAAUAAACAAAAUUUGAACUAAUUAACUCGUCGGCCGUCGCUUAUAACAUUUUGAGACUAGAAAAUGUAUUCGAGUCACGGUAAUCACGGUUAACAAGUUGAAAUCAUUUGUCAAAAUCAUAAUUAUUCGUUUUAAAAAUUACAACUAUAAAAAUCCGAUUCAAUGGCGGAGACGCCAAGAAAUAAUAGAUUGAAUCCCCUUGUCGGGAAAUCGUCUCCCGCACACGAAGUUAAUAUUUAUGCUGGACGACCCGCCCAAGGCCACAGUGGAAAUUUGACAGGCAAUCGGCGUAUACUGAAAGAUACUGCAGCAGACAUAUUCAAUGGAAUGCAAAAUUGGAAACAUCACCAGGAUAAAGGCUGUGUAGUUAUUUCAAAUAUUUUCAAUAUGCGCUUAGAACUGCCAAAUGUCAAGUUCCCGGAUCGAUUAAGCGGUUAUGUCAGUGAACUUAAACAAUUAUGUGAGCAAAUGGCAGAAAUCGUUGAAGGUUUCCAAACGAAGCUUAAAAAUCUCACCGCUGUAUCAGCUUUAGAAAAAUCUAGUUCAGCGCCAUUGUUUAUAUCUUGGACAACAGAACACUUUUGUAAAAUUACUAGAGCUAUUGUAGAAGCAUAUCAACAAGAGCUAAAGCUCCAUCAAAGUCUGCUUCUUAGAAUAGCAGAUUGUACGGAUCCUGAUGUUUUGUUGUUUUACCUUUCCUGUUGGACUCAUCAGCCUUAUUUAGAUAUUAGUCUAGAGAAACAAGCACAUUGUAUGAUCAAAGAAACAGGACAUGUUUGAUUAAAUUUAUUAUAAUAAAUUAUGUUUUAAACAAUUGGUAAUGUUUAGAGAAAAAAAUAAUGUAAUAUUAACUUAACAAAUAACAACUAUUAUGCUUGAGAAAACUGGUUUAUACAUUUAAAAUGUUGGGAACACUCUCUUUUGCACAUUUUCCUACAGACUCAAUAAACUUAACAAAGCCAGUAUCUUUAGGUUUUUCCAAACCUCUCAGUAAACGGUUUUUCAUAACUGCUACAAAUUCACGGUUGCUUAGUUGGCCAUCGACUGAAAUAGUGUUUUUUUUUUUAAAUUAAUUUAUUAAAUUUUUUUUCCUAAGUGUAAAACUUACGGUUUUCAUCAAAUAUCGUAAAUAUUACGUUAAUCACAUGAUCUUCUAGAUCGACAUGAGCCACAGUUUUUGCGACAUGCUUAAGUGUUCCUAUACACGAAUACAAUUUUUUUUAAUAAAAAAUUUAACAAAUUAAUA